UUUCUCACAUACGGAAUACUGCGGAACAGGGCGGACCGUGAGUGAACUAGGCCUGGCGGGGCUUGGAAGGCAAAAUUGCAGUCCUGUCAACGUUACCACACACUAAAUAUCCCUUUCAUGUCAAAUACGAAGAUCGUGGUUACUGGAGCAUCCGGUGUUCUCGGUACCGCAGUUCAUAAGGCAUUCGAGAAAGCACUGCGAUAUGAGGUUGUGGGCUUGAAGUAUAAGAGCCCCGCUAGCCAUCUAGUCCAGCUAGAUUUGACGGAUAAGGAAGCGACCAAGCAGAAGUUAGAAGAAAUCAAACCGACUUGGGUGAUCCAUUGCGCUGCUGAAAGACGACCCGAUGUUGCCGAGAAGGAUCGAGCUGGAACCCAACUUCUGAACGUCGGAGUGCCGGGUUACCUUGCUGAACUCGCGAGGGCCAUUGACUUUACGCUCGUGUAUAUCUCUACCGACUACGUCUUUGACGGAAGAUCGCCUCCCCCUGGCGGGUACAUACCAGAGUCACCUACUAACCCACUUCAGAUUUAUGGACAGACUAAACGGGAUGGUGAGAACGCUGUAUUGCAAGCUCGGCAGCAGGGUGCCAGGACGAUUGUUUUGAGAGUUCCGGUAUUGUACGGUCCUGCGCCUAACAAUGCAGACUCAGCCGUUAAUAUCCUCGUUGAUGUUGUGCGGGACCAAACAAAGGAGUCUAACAUGGAUGACUAUGCGAUCAGGUAUCCCACAAACGUAUUGGACAUCGCAUCCUUUUUGGUCCGCUUAACAGAUCUCGAUUUCGAUGCUCUACCACCCAUUCUCCACUAUUCGGCGAACGAGUCCUUCACAAAGUAUCAGAUGUGCAAAAUCUUUGCCGACAUCCUUGGUCUCAAUGUCAUGAAUAUGAAGCCUGUCUCCACACCUCCAACUGGAGCUGGUGCCACAUCACGCCCUUACAACUGCCACCUGUCUACUGCUGAAACAGAGAAAUUACUUCCAUUAGAAUGUACAGGAUUUAAAGCGUGGUGGGAGGAGUAUUUACACAAUGGCGGCAAGUAAACCCCUGCACCUGUAUUACUAUUAGUUACCAAAGCCUUCGAUUUGCGUUCUUCGAAUUCAACCAAUCAUUCAUGUACUAGUCGCGUUCUGGUGACU